UCCCCUCAUAACAGAAGCAUCAUAACAUAACAAAAAACCAAAAUGAAUAUAUCUAUGCUUUUGCUUUACUCGUUGGUGGGCUGCAUCCAAGGCUACAUAAUCAGGUCAAGCCAGUUCGAGCUACCGCCACAGGGGAUGGCAGUUGAGAUCUCCAUCAAACCAAAAGACGAUCACAGUUUCGUUGUGGACAUUAAAGAAGAUACUCAAGAUAGAAUCUUGAAGGCGACUCAUGAAAAAACUUUUUUGAAGACCAAGAGUUUUCUCCCUGAGAUCCUGAAGGAAAGCGUGAAGAUGACUAGUGAAAAACCUAGCUUGAAGAUUGGACCUUUUCUGCCUACGAUAGAGAAACGGCUCGGGAUUAUGGCGGGGACAUGCCCCACGGGCCAUGUGGCUAGAGGCAGUUUCUGUUUUCCGGAUUACGACUGAAACCUGAAGAGGAUAAUAAUUAGUUGUUAAGUCGUUUCAACCAAAGAUCGUAGACUGCUGGACAAUGGUCUCCCAUAAUGCCAAAACGAUCCGUCCUGCGCUGCCUGCAUCCAGGCGCUUCCAGUGACCUUUUCUACCAGUUCGUUCCAAAGAUUGAGAGGCCUGCCCACCGAUUGGGAGGAUUUGUUAUUUAAUUGUUAAUUAUUUAUUGUU